AAAGAGCAAAUGCUAUCCUUAAAUCAGCUAUCUUGAACUCUCCCUUCUCCCUCCCCUACAGGCAAAAUUCUCCUCUCCCCGAUCCCACAGUCACCAGAGUCCGCCAUCAAACACAUACGAUUCAACUCUCUCUCCUCUGUGUUCAGCCUGCAACAAUGGCUACCCAUUCAGCUCUCACCUCUUCAAGGUUUCCCUCAACCCCCAGCCUUCGCUCCAAGAGGCUCGAUGUUGCAGAGUUCAGUGGGCUUCGAUCCAGCUCAUACAUGGCGUUCCCCAGCCCAGCAAGGGAUCAGCUCUCCUUCUCAGAGCUUGUUGCAGCACAGCUGGCCACCAAGGUUAAUGGAAGGGGAGCAGUGAGAGGAGAGACAGUGGCGAAGCUUAAGGUGGCCAUUAAUGGCUUCGGAAGGAUUGGAAGAAACUUCCUCAGAUGCUGGCAUGGAAGAAAGAACUCUCCGCUUGAUGUCGUCGUUGUAAACGAUAGCGGCGGAGUUAAAAAUGCGUCUCAUCUGCUGAAAUAUGAUUCAAUGUUGGGGACAUUUAAGGCAGAUGUGAAGAUUGUUGAUGGUGAAACCAUUAGUGUUGAUGGAAAGCCUAUAAAGGUGGUUGCCAAUAGGGAUCCUUCGAAGCUCCCUUGGGCUGAUCUUGGCAUAGAUAUUGUUAUUGAGGGAACUGGUGUAUUUGUCGACGGCCCGGGCGCUGGAAAGCACAUACAAGCCGGAGCUAAAAAAGUUAUAAUUACAGCGCCGGCCAAAGGAGCUGAUAUCCCAACCUAUGUGUUCGGAGUUAAUGAAGGAGAUUACUACCACGAGGCCUCCGAUAUAAUAAGCAAUGCAUCUUGCACAACAAACUGCCUGGCGCCUUUUGUGAAGAUCAUAGAUGAGGAGUUCGGCAUUGUGAAGGGAACCAUGACCACAACUCACUCUUAUACAGGCGAUCAGCGGCUACUGGACGCCUCACACCGCGACCUCCGCCGCGCGAGGGCCGCCGCUCUGAACAUCGUCCCGACGAGCACCGGAGCGGCGAAGGCCGUCUCCCUCGUCCUUCCUCGGCUCAAAGGAAAGCUCAACGGAAUCGCUCUUCGAGUCCCGACCCCCAAUGUCUCUGUGGUCGAUCUCGUCGUCAAUGUCGCGAAGAAAGGAAUCACCGCCGACGAAGUUAACGAUGCCUUCCGCCGCUCCGCCGACGGUCCCCUCAACGGCGUCCUCGCCGUCUGCGAUGCCCCCCUCGUGUCCGUCGAUUUCCGCUGCACCGACGUCUCAUCCACCAUUGAUUCCACUCUCACCAUGGUUAUGGGCGACGAUAUGCUCAAGGUGGUCGCUUGGUAUGACAAUGAGUGGGGUUACAG